GGGACAAGAGAGACUGCAGUCCUGUCUUCGUCGGUGAACGUGGAAAAACAGGGGAAAUGGGACUUAAUAUCUUCCGAAGGACAUCCUUUUUUGUGGUGUCCUUUCUCUUUUGGAUCACUGGAUAUGCACCACAAAAAGUGUAUUUUGACUGUGGAGCCAAAGUUGACGUGGUGGAUGCCCAGGGCCUGAUCCUCUCUCCCGGCUUCCCCUAUAACUACUCGUCAGGGACGCACUGCGUGUGGCAGUUCUUCGUGCCGGUGGGCCACCAGCUCGUCAUGGAGAUGUUUGACUUUGACGUCUUCGAGAACCACAGCCGCGACAACAACCAGGCCCGGUUCGCAGCCAUGUCCGAGGGGGACCUGGACGACCAGGAGGAGAUCAUGGACGACAGCUCGGUGUACAGCUCCACCCUGGGCUCCGAGGCAGUGGAGGAGGCCGAGGCCGAGGCUGGGGCCGGGCUGAAAGACCUCGUCACGCCGACCCCGGGAAGCAGCAGUAUGAAGGGGCCCCAGCUUAACGCAAAAAAGGACGAGGUCAAUAACAAGCCUGUGGUUGUCCAAGAGGAAUCCACCAAAAUGGAGCUGGCCAAGGUGUCCAACUCCGCUAAGUGGUCCGCGUCCAUGCCACCACCCCUUGCUGCCUCCCUGCUGCCUACAAUAGUGCAGGCUCCUGGGAUGGUGGAGGCUGCGGGAGACAAAGCCCUGAAUGCCAUCUCUCCCCAAGGGCUCCGGGCCGAAGCCGGACUAGAGGCAGACGAGCUAGCGAGUUACUUCUACACGACCACCGCGGCUUUCCCCGCAGACACGGAGUCCGUGAGCCCGGAGAUGCAGCAGGCACAGCUGGACGCCUGCCCACAUGACGUGCUCUACAUCUCGGACCUCAUCACCUUCUCCUCGCGCUUCUGCGGCGCCAACCGGCCCAGCAGCAGCCAGCUGGUCUUUGGCUCCUCGGAUGAGAUGGUGGAGGUGAUUAUGGAGCUCAUCACCACCACCCACUGGGGCCGCGGCUUCGCCCUGCUCUUCCACUACCGCAACCACACCGAAGGCAUGGCCGACCAGCGCUCUCUCACUCCCGCCGCCUCCGGGAAGAUGGGCGUCCUCUUGGCCGUCGUGAGUGGCGUGGCCUUCUUCGCCGUGGCUCUGGCUUUUGCCCUCUUCGUCAUCUUCAGACCAAAACUAUGUGCGAAAGGAGCCAGCGCAUCUCCCUCCAGCAACCCUGAGGUAAAACAACUAAACAGUCCUUCUGAUCUCAAUGAAAAACACACAGACGGCCCUCCUCAGGUGCCCCAGCUAGUGCAGAACCCCGGGGUGGACGUCAGUGAACUCCAACUGGUGCCUCCCAACGAGCUGGCGGGACAAGAGGCUGCAGUGCUGUCCAGGAAUGGCAACAACAACCGCUCACAGAGUCUGAGCCUGCUGAACACAGGUCUGUCAUUCACUGUUGGCGGUGAGGCCUCGUCCAAUCAGGAGCAAGACGUCUCCGCUGGCGGGCUGACUGAGCUGGAGCUUGGCACAGAUGAGGUGUUUGUGAUUUCCUCCGGCCCCAGUCCAAGCAGAUUGCCAUUCUGUCCCCACACGCGAGACCGGUACCUCCGUCACAGUGACACUGGUCCAUCCCGGGUGAACGACUGGCCGUCCACAGAUCCCACCGCUGCUGCCGUGGCCGGAGGAGCCACCACCGCCUCCACCACCAGCAGCAGCAGCAGUCCUGCAGCUCCCACAGGCUCCUCCAGCAGCAGUAGCCGUCCCAGGGCCUGGAGUGUCCGCACCUUCCAAGACUUCCUUCCUCCUCUGCCCCAGCUCCACAAGAAGUGGUGCAGCUGGAACUCCACCAGUCCCUUCACUAAGCUGGUUGACAACGCGCCGUCCAGCUCGGUAGAUGGCCAGAGCGAGUCGGGCAAGAGGAAGGUGUUCUCCGACCCCCAGCUGGGGGACAAGGGCAGUCACCACCAUGGCAGCCAGUCCGACUCGUCCAUGAGCAACGCCUCGUACCCCUUGGCCCAGCCAGCUCAGCGCCAGCGCCGCCUCAACUCCGCCAGCAACCUGCGCCGCACCCGCUUCGCCGCCCCCUGCUUCGGCCUCCUGUCCGGCUCUCCAGAGGGUAACAGGGCAGCCAGCGCGGGAGACAACACCAGCCACACAGAUGGAAGCUCCACAGGGCACCACCACCACCACCACCAGCAUCAGCAGCAGCAGUCGGGGGAGUCCCAGCCACAGGUGGGGAAGGUGAGGGACUUUGCCGGAGGGGGAAGCGAUCCGCACGAUCACGUCAGCGUGCCAGUGUUUGCCAUCUGCGAGGAGGAGGACCGGCAGCCACUCGUCCAGGCCGAGCACCUCAGCACCUCCUCACCUUCACCAUCCUCCUCCUCCUCCACGACGGUCGUCCGCAACGGACUGAGCCAGGUCAAGAGGUUGGCGGAAGGGGGCGUGCCACUGCUCAACGGCUCCGUGCUGUCUCCUCGCGGGAAGUCCGAGUGGAGGCCGUGGGCCAGUAACGGCACGGCAGAGGAAGGGCUUCUCCCGUCUGGAGACGAGGCUACAGCAACAGCUGCCACGGCCGAGUCACCACUGGUGAUGGCCAACAGCUUGUCUGGGCAGAUACAGCUGUCUUCUCUCAGCCAAUAAACACAGCUAUGCAGUUUUGUGUGAUCUGAUGGGCCAAGGACAUGAUCAGUAUAUGUGUGUGUGUUUGUGUUUGUGUGUGUGUGGAGUCAGAACUGAGAAGCAGCAACUCCUCAAUGGACCCAAGGCAUGUUGAGCUUCCAAACGUCAAUCGCUCUCUCAAGUGGGUGCAGAAACCCUUUAAAUCGUUGCUACCUGAAAAGCACAGUCUGCAGUGAAUUUCUUGAUAAAGUGAAGGAAGGACUCUUUUUCUAUACAUGUAUGUUCAAGUGUUUUUUUUCUACCAUUCAUUUACCAACUCUUUGUACUUCAUUAGAAGGGCCUAUUUUGAUCAGAGACUGAAUGAAACAGAUUUGCUAAUUUGCAGUUGAACUACUUAAUAUUUAUGUAAUCUCCUAGCUCUAUUACCACUCAAUAAGCACUGUACAAUCUCUGCUUUUGUUGUUAAUAAGAAAAUAUAUGUAACAGUAUAUAAAUAUAUAUAUAUAUGUACGUAACGUAGUUAAAGAUAGGUAAAAGGUAACUUUUACCACACGACAGUGCUAUGAAAUUAAUAUUUACUUCAAUGUCUCUUUUCUGUUUUAAAGUGAUAUUCCAAAUACCAGCACUUUUUUAUUAUUAUUAUUCUUGUAAAAUGGCCCAUCAGUAGGCUAAAAUGUAGAGGGCCAAUUAAGGUGGGUGGGGAAGCAAGCUGCUGGCUGGACCCUGUUCUGCAAAAAAACACACACCGAGGUAAUUCAUGGGUCCAAGAUGCUUCCGCACACCAUUUUUUAAAAAUGUACUUACGCACAUGGUCUCUCAUUCCUACUCCGCAUAGAAGCCUGGAGUGGAACAGGGGCCGAUACCACUGCUGCUGCUACUGCUAUUGCUGCUACCUACACCUACACGUGCUCAUGCAUAAACUACAUAUACCGCUCGCCCAGCUUGGCAAAAAAAAGAAAAAAAGAAAAAAGUGCUGCUCACACCUCUCUUGUCCCACCACAUUGGAUCACUGACCAGUAGUGUUGCAACCUGUCUCCAGUUUUACCUGAUAACGUGGUUUUCAAUGGUCUGUCCCGGGGGAGAAUUAUAUUUUCCCUGGACACUGGCCUCGUUUACAUGAGACAUCUCAUUCAAAAUUAACUCCAUUUUAUUCAGAAUGAAAUGUAAUUCUGCUUAAAAAAAAAAAAAACAUGUAAAUAAUGUUCACAAUUUGGAAUUAACUGAAAGUGCAAGGUAAACUCGACAGAAGUAUUUAAUUCUGAAUGAUGAAUUCAGUAUUAAAAACAUUGUGUAAACCUGGCCACUAAGUGAAGGGGGCCAUUGAGGUGAUAACUCUAGUGACCAGCCGCCCCAGCCAACCAACUGGGCCACGCACACCUCCGCCUUCAAACAUGUGGCCUGCAGUGGUGACAAAAGGGGCUGGUGUUGUUCAAAAAGGGAACUGAUAACUGUGCAAACAUAAGGCAAUAAAAAUGAAUGAAACUAA